AUGGAAUGGUACAAACCUCUCCCUAUUUUUAAAUUAGAGUAUAUUCAAAAACUACUUUCCUUAUUACUUUCUCAUUUAGAUACCAAAAUAAUUCUUAGGUUUCAACAGUAGAUAAAUAGCNUAUAUCAAGAAGAUGGGAUGAAGGUAAUAAAGCUUUUAAUUAUUAGUCGCUAAUUAACUGAGAUAGGAAAUAUAAGUAUAUAAUAACAAAUAUUGCAAAUUUAGGAACUAUAGCUUUAGCUGUGGCAGUAUGAUGUUGAGAAGAUUUUUUAAAAGGAUCAUGGAGUACCAAAGUAAUAUUUAUAAAAAUUGAAGAAGAUGAAAAUGGGGAAAUCAAACAGACUAUGUAGUAUAUGCUGUAACUAAUUCUAAAAAGGUACUAAAUUUUUAUAUAAAUAGAUGAACUAAUUAUACAGCUACCUUGCAAACAUAUAUAUCACAAAUCUUGUGUUGAAAUUUGGCUUUAAAGUAGUACGAAAUGUCCAAAUUGUCGGUCAGAUGUUUUAGAGCAUUUAAGGGAAUAAGAGAAAUGA